AUGGACUCGGUUCGCCCCCUCUGGCUGAUGCUUCUGUCGCUGCUCCUCGUGGGAACUGCGCUGGGAGAUGCCCCGCAGGCGCCGCCAGGAAAUAACGCGGAGAUCUGCCUCCUGCCCCUGGACGACGGGCCCUGCCGGGCGCGGAUCCCCAGUUACUACUACGACAGGUACACGCAGAGCUGCCGCGAGUUCAUGUACGGCGGCUGCGAGGGCAAUGCCAACAAUUUUGAAACUUUGGAGGCCUGCAACGAAGCGUGCUGGAAGAUUGAGAAAGUUCCCAAAAUUUGCCGGUUAAAAGUGAAUAAGAAGCAGUGUGGGGAGCUCAGAGAACAGUAUUUCUUCAAUUUAAGUUCUAUGACAUGUGAAAAGUUCAUAUCUGGUGGGUGUCACAACAAUGAGAACCGGUUCCCGGAUGAAGCUACGUGUAUGGACUUCUGUGCGCCAAAGAGAGCUCCAGCAUUUUGCUACAGCCCAAAAGAUGAGGGGCUGUGUUCUGCUAAUGUCACUCGCUAUUAUUUUAACCCAAGACACAAAGCCUGUGAGGCCUUCACCUAUACUGGCUGUGGAGGGAAUAACAAUAAUUUUGUCAACUUGAAGGACUGCAAACGCACUUGUGUAAAAGCCUUGAAGAAGGAAAAGAACAAGAAGAUGCCAAGACUUCUCUUUGCCAGUAGAAGACUGAAAAUUAAGAAGAAGCAAUUUUAA